AUGGGCAACGUAGGAAGCCGACCUGACGAUGGUGCUCCCGUCUAUUUCAGAGACCAGACGAGAUUCUCGAUCGCAAAUGUCAACAUUACCAACUCGCGUGGUCGCACCCUCGUCUCGCUCAAUCCCAACUCGUUCCCUGCCACGCGCUACAAUGCAAAGCGCGACACUGGCGACAACACCCCUGUCGAAUAUGUCCAGGUACUUGGCUCUGCUGUUCUCAAGCUCUCAAGGCAUGCGCUGACGCACAAAAGNGAUCCUGAACCUCCAUCCAUCCUCUCUCCCUCCUUCCUCUUGCGCCUGGCCAACGAUGAAGAGCUCACUUUCAAUUUCACAUGCGUCUUGCGUCAAUCCAAUUCGGCUCCAGUGAAUACAAUCGGCGACCACCUCGUUGCUGCCACCGGUAUGCCGGCUUCAGAUACUCAGCUGUGUGGCUUGACCUACGUCUUUGGCUCGACAUCNAAAGAGAUUGAUCAGCUCGUCACACGCGAGUUCCAUGCCGACCCGAACAUACACAAAAAUCCCAAUGUCGAGCUUGUGGGCGACUACAAUACAGGCGGUGUACCUUCGGUACAAUUCCAGUGGUCUUGGAAGUGGAGGCCUCCAAAACAGUCAGAAGACCAUGGCGGAGGCUGGCGCAAUACCUGCAGUUACAACUCACGCGCCCAUCGUCUCGAGACGCUAGCCAGCUUCUCCUUUUGGGUCACCAAUACACAGCGCUGGUUGAACUCGCCCACCUUGUCCCCUCCCAGGCUUAGAGUGCCAUCUGCUCAAUCUAUCGAGUCUAGAGUCAGCGCUAUCAGUGAUUCCGACGGCGGCGAUCCCAAAGACUUGCGCGACUACCGCGACUUCCGCGAGCCUUCUUCGCCCAUGUUCGAUGCAAUCCCCGAGUACGGUCUUGGUCUGGUUCCGUCAAUAACGAAUGGAGGACCCAUGCCCCCGCCAAAGGUUGACAUUAGUUGUGUCGGUCGUCCAGCCGAGGAUGCCAGUACCAGCGAGGAUGGUCCUGUUUUCAGAGCCACAAUGCGAGCCCUGGAACAGAAAACUGGCACAAUGAGGUCUCGUAUGAAGAGAGUCUUGAGAGCUGCCGAAGCCGCGCAAGCCGCGCAAACUGCCAGUAACGACGCCCACUCUGCUUUCAUGGAUGCGCUUAGGGAGGCUUCCAAUUCAAACGCAAAUGCUGUCCGACCUGCUCUUGAGCAUUACUUCGAUUCUAUCGCUAGAGAGAUCCUGCUUUACGAGCGCCAAAACAACGCAAACCUUCAGAAACUCAUAAUUGAACCCAUUAACAAGCUAUACAGUCUCGACAUCAAGCAAGCAGAGUCGAAGAGGCGUGACUUUGAUGAAGAGAGCAAGGACUACUAUGCAUAUGUCAGCAAGUACCUUGGUCAGCGCUCUGAGUCACUCAAGGAGAAAAAGCGCGUUGAGAGCGAUGCCAAAUAUCAAGCCAAGCGACGCACCUUUGAGCUGAAGCGUUUCGACUACUCCUCUUUCAUGCACGAUCUCAAUGGUGGUCGGAAAGAACAAGAAGUGCUUUCUCAACUCACAAAGUACGCAUCUGCACAAGCUCGAGGAUAUCUUACCACGGCCAAGAAAGUUGAAGAGAUGCUGCCACAAUUAGAAGCCCUAAACCGUGAGGUCUCGCAAGCCGACAUGGAGUUCCAAAUGCAACGCACGGAGCGCGAGGAAAAGAGACGAGCUUUGGAGAUCAACAGUGCCAAAUCACCAGAAAUCGAGAGUCCACCAUCAGUCUUCAAUGGCUCCAAUGCCACUCAAAUCGACCGCGCGAGCAGCAUCAUAUCGGUGCCUCGAAAUUCGACCCUGUCGACCUCUCCCUCGGCACCCAAUGGCUUUCCAUCUAGCAUUACCUCUCCCACUAGUUCUAGCUCGAAUGGCGCAUUGCCUGUUAGGAACACGAGCAACAAGUUCAAGGGUAUCAGGGAUCUAGAGGAGAAAGAUAAUUCCGCUUCUGCUGCCGUGGGUGCAGUGCUCGAUCAGGGUAAGCUGUCUGAAUAUGCCAAUUGGAAAGACAAGCUCGAUUUGCACAUGGAUCCUAUUGACUUGCGAGUCGCAUCUGUAAGAGAAGCACGCAAUGCCGACAGACGUUUCUGUUUUGAAGUCAUUACACCACAAUAUACUCGCGUCUACCAAGCCNNCCCCUCGGAAGAGGAUAUGAAGUCAUGGAUUGGUUCGAUCAACAAUGCACUCCAGAGCGCCUUCGAAUCAAGACCGUCUACCAGCACACCAAGCGCCGAAAAAGUCGGUUCUACUCGCAACACCAUUGCUGCCGUCUUGACGGGAAAGGCAACGCCAUUCUCUUCCCAACGAGCAUCAACCAAUGCGACCUCGUCUUAUAUCAGUUCUUCAAGCAAGAUCGUUUCGCGUCAUGCAACAACGGGUGAUAAGCCAACGUAUAUGAAGCCUGAUAAUGAAACACCGUCAGCACUCUUGAAUCAGAUACGAGAAGCUGAUGCUGGAAACAAGUAUUGCGCCGAUUGCAACUCCGAUCAAAAGGUCGAAUGGGUGUCCAUCAAUCUUGGCAUAAUCCUAUGUAUCGAGUGCAGUGGCAUCCACAGAUCCUUGGGCACGCACAUUUCCAAAGUGCGAUCUUUGACUCUGGAUACCUCGGCGUUCACACCGGACAUCAUCGAGCUGCUCAUGCUGGUCGGUAACCGUGUUAGCAACAUGGUUUGGGAGGCCAAGCUUGAUGCUUUCCUCAAACCAGGUCCUAACGUGACCAGAGAGCAGCGUCUACACUUCAUCACAGGAAAGUACAGCGACAGGUUGUAUGUCCAAGGCUCUACCGAUGCCAUGGCGCACUUCAAGAGCCCAGACGACACACUACUAGUCAGUAUCAAACAGAACAACAUACAGCAAGUGUUGUACGCUCUUGCAUUGCGCGCAAACCCCAAUGCUGCAGAUCGUUCGCGUGGGACACACGCAGUGUUUCUUGCUCUCGCUGCUGCAGAUCCCGCGUCUCCUUCCAGUUCGUUUGUGCAGCAACGCAGUGGCUCUUCAACUAUAUCACCACCAGCUUUGAGUCCGUCUGGAAUACCUUCGCGUCCAACAACGCCUACCCCUCUCAGAAAACCCUUCCCUGUUGCCGAACUCUUGCUCCAGAAUGGCGCGGAGAUUCCAACGCAACCUGCGCCUAUCNNCCCCUUGUCGCGAGCCGCACAACAGUACAUUGAGUUCAAGAUUGACCAGAAGACUGGCCGACACUUGGGACUGGGCGUCAAAGACUCCGCCGGCGAUGUGCUUUCGGCACUGCCAAGUGAAAAGCACAGUCCUAAUGAUCGCGACAGUCGGUUGAUGAAAAGGCAAUCGACAGGAUCUAGAAGUGCAGUGUCAAGCAGGGACGGCAGCAUAGGACGAAGGUGA